AUGGGUUCGACUACAGUUGGAGCAAUGAUUGGGUUGAUCGGUUCAACGACAAUGAAACAAUUGAUCAGCAACACUCAAUUCGAGAGCCAAAAUUUCUCGACCACAACGAGUGAGCUGUUCAAUGGAUUUUCAACCACCACAUUCGCUUUUCAAAGUAUCGACACACUGGAGACACAGCCGGCACCUCUUCCAAGUUAUUGCGAUUUCCCGUGUCCGGAUGGGUAUUCGGAUGUCGGGGAAAAGAAUGAUCAAUGCUACAAAUUGAUGAACCCAACUCAAACAAACACCUAUUCAAGAGCUUUGUCUUAUUGUCAAGUUGACUUAAUCCAAUUGAGCGACGCGACGAUCUACAAUCUUCGUAUCUCGCAACAAGCCACUUCUUCAGCUCAAAUAAACGAUGCCAACGCUUUCUGCAAGGCUCCAAAGUUCUGUGGCCUAAACAAUUGCUCGUUUGAGAUUUUCUAUGAUUACGAGAAAGACACUGAACUUUUGUUGCCCGGGAAUUCGACAAGUGUCACAGCUAAAGUCAAACAAAAUCCAUUUUCGGCUGGUACAACAAUAAAUCUUCCUUGUCUCAUCAAUUCGACCAAAUCGUUUAAUAUCUCGUGCUCAGCUCGAGGUGAAUGGAGUCAUCACCCGACGAUGCUCGCUUGCAUUCAAGAACUGGCACAAGAAGAUGACACCGACCAAGAGACCCCGUUUAAUCAGAUCGCUCAACCGUCCUGUCAAUCUUGUUAUUGGGAAGGGACCACCUCGUGCUCGUACAAUGAGACGAUUGAUGGCUAUAUUUGCAACUGUAAACCCGGAUGGACGAAAUUCACGUGUUGGAAAGCGCCGGAUUUUUGCGGAAAUCUUUCAUGCAUUCAUGGAUCUUGUAUCACCGUUGAAGAGAAAGCAUCUUGCAAUUGCGAGCCGGGUUUCAUGGGAGUUUACUGUGAAAUCAACAAGUCGAAUUAUGCAUUUUUUGGAAAAAACGGAUCGUUACCCUACGCAAAUCUGCCAACUUUGGGCACAGCGAUCCUCGCCUCAACGAACAUUUUGGUCUUGGUGCUGAAGUACAUCAUGAAAGUGGUGAUCUUGGAUGAAUGUGAGGAUCCACAAGACACCUAUCAAGACAUUCGUCAUCUUUUGCUUUCUGUCGGCAACCUUGCCGCUCACUUUUUCACUCAUCCGGAAAUGUUUGGCAUCGAUCGAGUUGGCUGUCGCUUCUAUUUUUGGUUUAUUUCAAGCUGCUAUUCACUGGCUUUGCUUUUCUGGGCAAACGAAUCGAUCAACGUGUACACGACAGUUCGCACGUUGAACAAAAACAAAUGGGGAGAGGAUUUUGAUGGGAAUAAGAGAUUUUUCUACACAUUUUUGCCAAGAGUCGUCUUGCCAUUCGUGACUCUCUCGACGAUGAUUGUGGUGAUUUGUGCACGUGGAUGGGGUCAAGUGGCAACAACAUGGACUUGUUUCGGCACCUUUUCCGAAGAUGCAACCGCAGUCUGGUUUCCAAUCAUGACCAUUAAUCUCCUCCUUGUACUCACAGCGUUCGCCUUCACUGAAGCUACGUGCAGAAUUUCGAGAUUCCGUCCACAUUGUCAAAUCCGUCUUCACAAUUGGUUUGCAGUGAAUAAACCUUUCGAGGAUGGCGUGAUUCGGAAGCUUUAUGCAAUCUAUACAAAGUUGAUGGUGAUGUUCUUCCCGAAAUGCUUGGCACCAAAGUGGGAUUCGUUUGAGAAAAGAAGCCGCAUGGAGAUUCUAGCAAGACACAAAAUCUCCCGUUAUCAAAAAGAAAUGGAUUUCGGAAAAGCAGAAAUCGAGAAGAAAGAGGCAAAAGAAAGAGAGGAAAUUGAGAAGAAAAAUGGCGAGAAUUUGAGCAAAUUCCCUCAUUUGCCACCAUUCCUCCUCUACAACAUUCCCGAAGAAGGACCGGCUCAACAUCGACCGAAGAAAUAUCCCGUUGAUAUCACCGAUAAGAAUUACAUUUGCGAAAAGAAACGUCUUCAUUGGAAGCGUCGAUGGACUCGAGCCUAUUUGCAAACCCGAGCCAACUACAAGGAGUCGCCAGAAAAGUGUGCUAAUAAAAUCUUCAAGCGCGAGAUGACAAACGGGCUGCUGAAACAGGAGAAAGUGAUCGUCGAUCAGGCAAUUUUCGUUUGGAAUGAGUGGUACGAAAUGGUGCCCUUGCAAGAUCAUUUCGUGAUGACACCACAUGAAGACAAGCUGAUCAUCGUGGGGAAAGAGAAGGACAUCGACCCGUUGACAGCCUUCGAUCGAGCCGUUUCCCGUUUGAUUUCCUUCGUGAAUCCAUGGGAAAGACAGAAAACACUUCGACUUUUGGAUGAUGAUGAACCGAAACCAUUCCUCAAAGCGCUCGACUUCUUGACUUUCCAACCAAGUUCUUACAUCAAAAGCGUAAAGUUCCCGGUUUACGACAAUUUCGGUGAUGUUCAUUUCAAGGAAUACCUCAAAGUGCCCGAUGUUCUCACGCUUGAUCAAAUCGAGAAAAUGGACGAGAUCUACGUAAAAGCGAUGACUGAGCUGAAUGCACCGUUUGACAAGAUCUACAAAGACGAUUCCUUUUUGAAAACCUAUGAAAACACGGAAUGGAAAGAAGCAAUAAAAAAGAUUUUCAAAACAUCUCCAAAAAGUGCAAGAGAUAAAAACGAUGAAUCGGAACAACAAUGCCACUCAUUGAAUCCCCGUCUGAAACCUUUGGACGCAUUUUGGCUUGAUGAGAGAAGACCCGAG